AUGAGCAAAGAUAUCUUGACUUUGACCCCUAUUGUCGGGGUGUUCGAUGCCUGUCCAGCUAAUGGUCAGAUAAAUCUAUAUCAUCAAAGCCGAGAAGUCCAACCCGAAAGAGGCAAAGACGUUCAUGACAACAUCUCGUACGAUUCGCAGUCGAGAGAAUUAGUCGAUUCUGCUGUUACAGAUACUGCAAGUCCAUCUUCAGCUUCGGACGCUGACACAAUAGUCGUGGCGCCGAUACAACAGACCGAAGACCAGCAAUCAACAGCACAUCGAGCACCAGAAAGUCAGCUGCAAAAACGAAGGCAUAGAGCUCGCAAAUUCAGAUACAGAGAGGAGCAUCACGUUACUCUGUAUUUGCUUCGGACAAUAACCCAGGGCUCUUGGAAGCAGACCACGAGAGUUUUCAAUGAAAUCUAUCAGCAAGAUAUCGCAGAUUAUGGACUCGACAGAGAACUACUACCAACAGCCUUAAAAUCACAGUUCGCCUUCCGUCGCACUAGCCAGAGGGCACUCUGGGAGGACUUUCUGAAGGAGAUCAAAGACGACAAGAACGCUUUCAGCGAAGUUAAGACCCGCAUCGACACGGCUUUGCUGGCGUACGCUACACUGCCCAAAUCGUUGUAUCCAAAGAAGAGGAUCCGUCGGAUUUGCAUAAACAGAGAAGAUGCUCAUCCCCCACUACCAGUCGUACUCUUUAGAGCCUACAAUGAUGCUAGCCANGGAUCGAACUCACCCGAAGGGUUCGUCGCGAGUUACUUCGAGGGUUACGACAGUCUGUCAUCGCCACCAGACUACUCGGAUCACGAUUUGGAGAACACGAUCAGAAAACAUAUCAGCCAACAUCAAGACUUUAAGUCUCCUUUGAUAAGCACUGGCAGCUGCUUAGUCAAGUUGGUUCGUCGUGCGAUCAAGGCAAGCGCAAGGGCUAAAGAUCUGAAGUCAUGCAGAAUCAGCAUAAUAGAUACGCAAAAGGUUGGACAGGACGACAGCAUCUUUUACGCUCGCCCGUAUCGCGAUCUGUUCCGGAGCAUCAAGAGGAUGUUUCCGUGGAGGUACUCCGCCGAAGAAGAGUACUUGGUUUGGGGCAGCAUACCUAAAGCAGCCGUACUAGCCGACGUGUCUUUGCAAGAUCUGUUGUCUUUAAAAGCCGAAGAUUCUAUACUAUCACAUGCUUUCGAUACUGACGUCUCCUCAGGAAGAGUCGAGCAAAUGUGCAGAACACUGAAGGGCAAGAAAACUUUACUUUCAUCAGAGCUCGUCGGUGGGAUUGCUCGUCUUAUUGCCUUUCUUGGUAUGGAAAUUGAUACCCCACCUGCAAUUAUCGCAAAAAUUGUCUGUGAAGUAUUACAUGGUUGGUUUAUUGUUCUGCCUGUUCAGUCAAGAGAAGCUUGGCUUGCAGAAGCUGCAAUAUUUGCUCACAAUUUUAUUGACUCGCAAGAGUGUGUGGUUGUCGGCUACGAAGAAAAACACUUUACUGCCAUUUGCCAGGCAUUCCUGGCUGGUGCAAGGACAUCCCUGAAGAGUUGGGCGGCGCAUAUCGAGAUCAACCAAGAUCGAGCGCAGGUUGCGAUUGACAGAGCGAUCAAAGUCGGGCUUCUUGACGCGGAAGAGAGAGCCGCGAGGCUGGGAAUAGAAGGGGUCAAGUAA